GUCAGUAAAAAAUAAAUAAACAUAUUUUGCUGCGUCCAUCUCUCUUCACGAUCAGCGAAGAAAGUGAAAUAAUUUUGUAAUUCUAUGCAAAUAUGUUGUUUUAAAAAGUCUAAAUAUAAGGCUUGCUUAUCUAUCGUCUAAUUUAGUGGAAAAAGAGUUGGUAGAAAGUUUUUACUCUGUGUGAAAUGUAUGUUUUUUGAACUGUGCAGGUAACAGAGCUCACGAUUCCUAUAUAAACAAGUUCGUCACUGAAUUGUAGCAAACAACAGAAUGACUGAGAAUAAAGAACGUAACACGCAAAUGACCAAAUGGACCCGUGGCACGCAGGUCGACGCGGAGGAUAUUGAUAUGACAUACUUGAGCCGAACCGAGGAUAAGCCGAUUGAGAUUAAUGGAACUGAAUCAUUGGUUCCCCAAUGUCGGUUCUGCUUGCGAAGAGUUUCUCGUGAAAAUUUAAAAGUCAUUCUCAGGAAACAUUGCAUAAAAGCGCAUGCCGCUUUUCAGAUCCGAGUUUUUCUGUGCGAUGCGUAUCCUUUAGCUUGCUCAAACUGCAUGAAUAUGAUAGAUAUAAUUUCCGAUUAUAAAUUGGCGGUAGCCAAGGCACAUAAUCUGCUUCUCGAUAAACGGUUGCACCUGGAGAACGAAGGCUGGGACGAUCCAAUGAAUAUUGAAUUCUUCAAUCAGUGCAAAUCUGCCGUAGAAAUGCAUCGAGUGCAAGUUGAUCAAAUAUAUGACGAGCUUAUGGUGAACACCAAUACUACCAGGCUGGAAACAAAAAUUGAGUUCUUCGAGGAUAAUGUUCCGCAUGUUUCCAUUCAGCAGUCUGAUAACAUUGAUGAGAAAACAACCGUUCAGUCUCUAUUGGAUUCUGAGUUUAUUGAGGUAGAAACCGAACUGGUGGUUGAAAGCGGUUCAAGCCAUGGUAACACUGCAAUGAUAGAUGAUGAAGGUUCUGAGUUAUCCCCCGAGAAUGAGACUAACGUAGAUCCCAAUACAAAUCCACCAUCGUCCAGGAGAAAGAGAAAAGCUAAACAGAAGAAAAUUCGCGAUUUUUGCGAAUUUGACGAAGAUUCUCAAGAUGAAGAAUAUAAGCCUAAUAUAUUGGAACUAUCCGGCGGUGGUUUUGAUGAAACGUCAGAAACGUCCAUUCCGAAACGGAGUAGGUCUGCAAAAACAAAAUCUGUAACGGAUGCAUCUGAAGAGACAAAACCGAAGAAGAAAAGAAGUCAGAAGAAGCGACCUGGUGGACCACAUAGGAUCCCAGUCGAGCCAAAAAAGGUGAAAUUUGCGGAGCCUCGAAUCCAACCCUCUUCAAGGUAUAAACCGCUUCAGUUAGUGUUGUGUGAUUUAUGUGGAGAUUCCGUCUACCCCGAAACCAUCGAAGGACACAGAAAUCGUCAUCUAGGGAUCAAACCAUACAGCUGUCCCGCCGAAGGAUGCGAUUGGACAUUUUACGGUCGAUCCAACAUGUCCACCCAUGUGCGACGAGUACAUCCGGAGAACGGAGUACCAACUCAGAAAUGCGACGUGUGCGGCAAGCACAUCAAAGGCACAACUGGAUCAUUGAAUGUGCACAGAAAGCGUCAUUUCCAGCAAGAGAGAAAAUUUGUCUGUACAAUAUGUGGUAAAGGUUUCACCUUGAACCGAUACCUCAAGCAACACUCGGUAGUGCACACAGGACUGUUUCCACACGAAUGCAGCAUUUGCGGUAAAAAGUUCAACAAUAAGUGGAGCAUGAAGACGCAUGAAAAAAACGUCCACGGCAAGAAAAGUCAAGAUUGAUCCAACUAUUGCAUAAGUUGAGAAAAAAAAACAAUUUCGUUUCAAUACUUCAAGACAGCGGAAGUAAGGCUGUUAUUAAAUUUUAAUUUAUGUUGA